CAGAGGAGGCCGGUGGGUUCGGACCGAGUUGGGCCUGGCCCAGUCCGCUGCCUCCCCCGCUCUCUCCAUCCGGCACCAGAGUAGAAGAAUACAUGUUUACUUUUAGCAUAGAAGAGCAUGUUCCCAAAUUCUUCCAACUUGGGUCGUCCACCCUUCUCUCCAGAGCACCAACAAUACAACUUCUUCAGUAAUCUUCCAGUGAAUAUACCUCCUGUUCUUCUUUAUCACCAGCAAAUUAUUGAUCAUCCACAAUUCCAAAGUUCAACAUCUCUGGUGAGUGGUAAUCUUUCAACUGUCCCUCCUGUUUCACCACCACCCUUCACCUAUAGAGAUGGCAGCCCGGUGCAUAUAUCAGCCACACCUGCAUCAUUCCGAGGCAGAAAGAGACUAAAAGAGCAAAAUGUUCCUUAUGAAGUGAAGCGCCAGCGAUUUCAUUCCCCUCAUCGUGAAUCCACUUCAGCUAGCCAAGCAGUGCCUUUACCAGAAGAUCACAGGCGUUCAUUCCCUGGAUCAAUUCCUUCGCCAUUACUUCAUGCACAUUAUAUCUCAGAUUUGACUGGAUGUGUGCCGCCCUUACAAGAUGCUUCAUUUCCUGACCCUAUAGAAACUGUACUCCCCGUGGCCAAAGAUAAGCUAAGUCAACAAGUACUGGAGCUAUUUCAGGCAUGUCAACAACAAACCUAUGACUUGAACAAAAAAGAGCUUUGCCGGACACAACUCCAAAGGGAAAUUCAGCAGAUCUUUCCAAAUAGUAGACUAUAUUUGGUUGGAUCCUCACUGAAUGGAUUUGGUACGCGUAGCAGUGAUGGUGAUUUGUGCCUAGUGGUUAAGGAGGAGCCAAUUAAUCAGAAGACUGAAGCAAGACAUAUACUCAGCUUACUCCAAAAACUCUUCUGUAGGAAACUUUCAAGCUACAUUGAGAGACCUCAACUGAUUCGAGCAAAAGUGCCAAUAGUAAAGUUCAGGGACAAAGUCAGCUGUGUGGAGUUUGACUUGAAUGUAAACAAUGUUGUAGGAAUAAGAAACACAUUCCUUCUCAGAACCUAUGCAUACAUUGAGAGUCGAGUUCGUCCAUUAGUGCUGGUCGUGAAGAAGUGGGCGAGCUUUCGGGGCAUAAAUGAUGCUAGUCGAGGCACUUUAAGCAGCUAUAGUCUUGUGUUGAUGGUUUUGCACUAUUUACAAACCCUACCUGAACCUAUCCUUCCAUCCCUCCAAAAAAAUUACCCAGAAUCUUUUGAUCCUACUAUGCAGCUGCACCUUGUGCACCAAGCCCCAUGCACCAUUCCUCCUUACCUUUCCAAAAAUGAAUCAACUCUUGGAGACCUCUUGCUGGGCUUCCUGAAAUAUUAUGCUACCGAAUUUGAUUGGAGCGGUCAGAUUAUUUCAGUUCGUGAAGCCAAAGCAAUUCCAAGGCCUGAUGGUAUCGAAUGGAGAAACAAGUUCAUUUGUGUAGAAGAACCUUUUGAUCGAACAAACACUGCUAGAGCAGUACAUGAAAAACAGAAGUUCGACAUAAUCCUAGAGGAAUUUCGAAAGUCAUGGCAAAGAUUGAGAGACAGGAGAGACUUGGCCUGUAUACUACCUUUAAGAGCAACUAUUCGGAAGAGAUAACUGGCUUCUAUCUCUGUGACUGAGACAUAAACCCCCAAAUGAAGUUUUGUCUCCUCUCUCUGCCCCUGUACUUUUUUUAUGCCCUAAGAGGAGCUUUUUCUUUCAAGCUUUUGUCAAGGAGACUUUUGCAAGAAUGAAGAAGAAAAUCCAACCUUUAUAAAAUUCAUUCAGACCAUUUGAAAGACUCGCUUUUUGAAACCACUUGAUUGGUGGCUAAUAAAGAGAGUGCUGUAAUACGAAUUUACAAAUCUGUUGGAGUUUAUUGAUUUAUUGUUGUAGUGGUGAGUCAACCACACUGAAUAUUAAGACAUGGGGAUGGUGAAUUAUGUCAUGUAUAACAGCCAGGCUGUAACCUUAAAGAACAGCACACAGGGCACAUUUCUUGAAGGGCAGCCUCUGCUUUGCAACUGCACUUUGCCUCUAUUUGGCUCUUUCCAGUUUUUAAUCUUCUUGUAAUUAGAAAUGGUGACUUCUUUGCAGAAAUAAUAAGCAGGUCCUAAAUAGUGCUGGUAUUCUGUCGUUUCUUUCACUGAGGUGUUAAACCCAUGUCUGGACUGUACCACUUCAGACUGCAGAGGGAGACUUGCAUGACUGAGUGCUCCUACAUAAGCCGCAGCUGCCCCUUGGACAUAGAAGGGUAGAUGCUGCAGAGAAGGAGUGAGUUGUACGAAGGAGCCACGUCUGCAGUCUGAAAUGGUAUAGCCUAAACACGAUUUAUUGCCUCAGUGCAAAUUGCUCAGCGCUAGGAAUUGUAAUAACAACUGGAAUUUUUAAGCAGCGUAGCUACUACAGGGCAGUCUGAUCGGUGGCAGGAUUGCACCACUUGUGACUUACCAGACUGAAUGUAGCCUACCGGGGUUUAAUGAAUCAUUUGUGCACCCUCCCUACCGGGGCUACAAAAAACACCAUGGGAUUAUGUGGGCUGUUUGGCUGGUGAGUGUGAGGCUGUGGAGAUCUGACGUGUGGCAAGCCACGCUCUGUAGUAAAAGCUUAAACAGUUUCAGGUCAAGAGGUGGUGUCACACGUCACACUGAAGCAGGUGGGGGAGGAAGCAGAAGCAAGAGUUGCCAUUCCUCCUACGUCAUUACUAGCGUAACCGACAAAAAACAUGUGCAGAGGUGGUACUGUUGCUUGCACAUCUUGCCUCUCCCCCCCCCCCACCUCUUAAGGCCA